AUGGGCUUAUUACUGACAGGGAUUUCACCACGUGCAACACGAGUUUUGUUUGAUAGUGAAUUCCAUCCUUCCUGUUUAGAUGCAUCCCUGAAGAAGGAGACUAAGAAACUGAGAGACUUGAAAGACAAAAAAAAUAUAAACCAGCGGCAAUGGGAUUUGCUAUUUCCUAGGAAACCGGAUGUUCCAAAGUCGGACAACUUUGAUGUAACUUUGAUGAUAACAUUACUGAGAAAUCUCACCAAUUUAAGUGAACCACAAAAAGGAUAUGACCACCUGCCUAGUCCUACUGAAAUAACCACAGCUUCAGAUUUGGCGAGAAUAAAGUAUUACAGGAACUACCUAGCCCAUUUGGAGAACAGCACAGUAGAUAAUGUUAUUUUUACUUCUGCCUGGGAAGACACGAGUCAGGCUAUUGGUAGAUUAGGCGGACAACAUAUGCAAAAGGAAUGUGAUGAGUUAAAAACUAAAGUUCUUGAUCAAACAAAUAAAGAAAUCAUUUUGGAAAUCAAACACUCACAAAAUGAGAUUGAGGAAUUAAAAUGGCUGCUGAAGAAAACAAAAGAAGAACUAUUGACUAGAAUUGACGAGGUGCCACCAAAACACAUUCAAGACUGGAAAAAGAAAAAUAAGAUGUUUGUCACCACGAGGGCCAGUGAUUACGUCAUUCAAUGUUUACAGAAGAACAGUUGCGUGUCCAUAACAGCACCACCAGGAGUUGGGAAAUCAUUUAUUGCUAGGCAUGCAGCACUAGUUUUACAACAGGAACAAUACAAAAUAAUACCAGUCUAUUCACCAACAGACAUAAGAGAUUAUCAUCAACCUGGUAAACGGACAUGUUUCAUUAUAGAUGAUAUUUGCGGAAAUUUCAUUGCCGACCGUCAACAAAUUGAGAACUGGAAACAACAGUUACCUGUGAUAAACAAAAUCAUUGCAGACAAACACUGUAAGAUUAUUGUAUGUUGUAGGUUACAAAUUUAUAAAGACGAUAAAUUUAAAAUAUUAUCCCCCUUUAUGUCUUGUGAAUGUAACUUAAUAUCAGAUGACUUAAGUCUUACAGCUAAAGAGAAAACAAAAAUGGUAGAUAUUUAUAUUGGUACAAAAGGUAAGAAUCUUAAUAAAGUUGAAAAGCAUCAUGACUUUUUUCCACUUUUAUGUUAUCUUUGUCAUAAAAAGAAAGACGCAAAUGUCUAUGAUUUUUUUAGAAACCCAUUUGCAAUCUACGAAAAUGACUUAGACAAUUUGAGUAGAAAUGGAAAAGAAGGAAAACAUAAAGUUUGCAGUCUUGCUUUGUGUGUUUUGUUUAAUAAUCGACUUAAGGAAAAAUGGUUCCAGGGUAAAGUUACAGAUGAACAACGACAGAUCCUAGAAGAUACAUGCGAGGCUUGUAGAUUGAACAGAGGUACACCCAAGGCAGUACUUAAAGAUGCACUAGACACUUUAGAUGGUACAUUUAUUGGUAAACAGAAUGGAGUUUAUAGUACCAUACAUGAUAAACUAUUUGACUUCAUUGCUUUUCAUUUUGGUAAAACAAUGAUUGAAUGUUUAAUAGAUCAUGGGAAUAUAAAUUUAGUCAAUGAACGUUUCAUCUGGCAGAAAUCACACGAUGACAAAAAGGAAAAUAUAGAUUUCAUUAUCCAAAUACCAGAUGACUAUCUAGAUUCAUAUUUAAAAAAGUUGGUUGAAAUAUGGUCAGCAGGAAGGGUGGUAUUAGUAAUCAAUAAUGCUAAUCUGGAAGUAACAAUAUUUAGACAACGGUUAUUGCAGUACUUACGUCAAAUGGACAAGUCUCAACAACUAUCAUUAAGCAAUAUCAAAGACGAAUGGAAACCAGGUAUUACGCCAUUGAUAUUAACUUGCUAUCAGGGUUAUAAAGAUAUGGUACUUUGGAUAUUAGAUAAUGAGGCAGAUGUAAAUCAAUGUGACAAAGUAAGGACUAUUGAUCUGUUCGAAGCUUGGUUACAUAAAUUUUCUUACAUAUUAAUGUCGGUGCAUCAAUGGACCAACCAUGUUAAUCUAGAUGACAUUAGUUGUUUUACUCCUCUUUUCCUAGCCGUUGUUCUGGGACGUACUAAUAUAUUGCAGGAGCUUUUGCUAAAGAAUGCCAAUGUUGAUCUUUGUUUCAAUUGGGGCUUUAGUACUUUUCUUAGCGCACAGCAAAAUGAAAAUAAUGAAAGGUUGAGUAUGCUGAUGCAGGGGAGCCCUGACAAAUGCAUUUUAAAUGGUCGUUGUCCUUUGUCCGUAGCUAGCAUGCAAGGAAAUGUUGAUAUAGUAAGGUUGCUGUUAGAAAAACAUCCUACAGUUGAUCUACGUGACAAUGAGGGGAUGACUGCACUGUUCAUUGCAUGUUGGAAGGGGCAUACCACUAUUGUGAGUAUGUUAUUAGAAAAGGAUUCAAAUGUUGAUUUAUGUAACAAGUAUGGAAAUACUCCACUGAUUAUCGCAAGUCAGGAAGGACAAACUGAUAUAGUUAGGCUGCUGUUAGAAAGAAACCCAAAUAUUGACCUGUGUAACUGUUACGGGGUGAAUGCACAAUACGUUGCAUGUUAUUACGGGCACACUGCCAUUGUGAUCAUGUUAUUAGAAAAGCAUCCGAAUGUUGAUAUAUGUAAUAAAUACGGACGUUGCUGCAUGCACCGGAGGAUUACUACUUUGGAAAUUACAACAGACACAAGGUCGAUAGAAAGGAACUUUGUUGCUGGUCGAUUAAAUAAUUGCAAUAUUAUUGAACCGUCCAACGCAUGUUUAGAAAAAAGGUAUACUACUUUUAUGAGUGUAUCACUUAACAGUUUAUAUGUUGAUUCAUGUCACAAAUAUGGACGUAGUUCUCUGCAUAUACCAACUGAGAAUAUUGCUAGUAAAGAAAAUGAUAUAUAUAGUUUGUUAGUGAACCCUAAUGUUGAUAUAUGUAACAUGAAUUCUGUCACUGCACUGUACAUUGCAAGUUAUUUUGGGUAUUCAACUAUUGUGAGUGCGUUAUUAGAGAAGAAUUCUAAUGUUGAUCUAUGUAGCAUGAAUGGAUGUAGUCCUCUGUAUAAAGCAUGUCAGUGUAGACAUAUUGAUGUAGUAAAGUUGUUGUUAGAAAAGAACCCCAAUGUUGAUCAACAAGACAUACAUGGCUUUAGUCCUCUGUUAUUGGCUAGUCAGAAUGGGUUUGUGGAUAUAGUGCGGUUGUUGUUAGAGGCGAACCCUGAUGUUAAUCUGUGUAACAAGGGUGGAUGUAGUGCUCUGUUAUUAUCAAGUCAGUGUGGACAUACAGAUAUAGUGAUGUUGCUGUUGGAGAUGAGUCCUUCUGUUGAUCAAUGUGACAGUCAUGGUAAUAGUCCUUUAUUAUUUGCAAGUCAGAAUGGAUUUACAGACAUAGUUAGGUUGCUGCUACAGCGGAAUCCUAACGUCGAUCAAUGUAAUAUUGAUGGCGUUAGUCCUCUGUUCAUAGCAAGUCACAAUGGAUUCACUGAUAUAGUAAGGUUAUUGUUAGAGAUGAACCCUAAUGUUGAUAUAUGUGACUUUAAAGGUGUUAGCCCUCUGUUUGUAGCUAGUCAAAAGGGAUUUACUGAUAUAGUUAGGUUGCUAUUAGUGAAGAACCCUAAUGUUAAUGUAUGUACCAAUGAUGCCGGUAAUCCUCUAUUAUUUUCAAGUCGUCGUGGGUAUACUGGUAUAGUGAGGUUGCUGAUAGAGGGGAAUGCUAAUGUUGAUCAAUGUGACAUAAUUGGCAAUAGUCCUCUGUUAAUGGCAAGUUAUAAUGGGUUUGUGGAUAUAGUGAGGAUGCUGUUAGAGAGGAGUGCUGAUGUUAAUCUAUGUAACAAUGAGGGUUGUAGUCCACUGUUAUUAGCAAGUCAGUAUGGACAUAUUGAUAUAGUGAAGUUAUUGUUAAAGAGAAGGCCUAAUGUAGAUCUAUGUAACACACAUGGCGUUAGUCCUCUGUUAUUUCCAAGUCAAAAUGGAGAUACUGAUAUAGUAAGCUUACUGUUAGAGAUGAACCCUAAUGUUGAUCUAUGUAAUCAUGAUGGCUUUAGUCCUCUGUUAUUAUCAUGUCAGAAUGGACAUACUGAUAUAGUAAUGUUGCUGUUAGAGAGGAACCCUAAUGUUGAUCUAUGUAAUCAUUAUGGCUGUAGUCCUCUGUUAAAAGCAAGUCUGAAUGGAUUUACCGAUGUAGUGAGGUUGCUGUUAGAGAAGGGGGCAAAUGUAAAUCUAUGUGCAAAUAAUGGCUUCAGUCCUCUGUUAGCAGCAAGUCAGAAUGGAAAUACUGAUAUUAUGAGGUUGUUGUUAGAGAGGGACCCCAAUGUUGAUCAAUGUAACAAAGGUGGAUGUAGUCCUCUGUUAUUAGCCAGUCAGAACGGAUAUACUGAUAUAAUAAAGUUGUUGUUACAGAGGAACUCUUGUGUUGAUCUAUGUAACAAGGAUGGUUGUAGUCCUCUUUUACUCGCAAGUCAAAGCGGACAUUCUGAUAUAGUGAGGUUGCUUUUAGAGAAGAACCCAAAUAUUGAUUUACGUAACAAUGAUGGGAUAAAUGCACUGUUCAUUGCAUGUUCCACCGGGGAUUCUUCUAUUGUUAGCAUGAUAUUAGAGAAGAACCCGAAUUGUGAUCUCUGUACCAAAGAUGGCUUUACACCACUGACAUAUGCAUGUUCACUAAACACACUAAAUAUGGUCCAGUUAUUAAUUAAACAUAAACAGGACACCAAUAUUCAGACAAAUGAUGGUGGUAAUGCUUUAUUUUUUAGUGCAAGGAAUGGAAAUUUAGAAAUAACUCAGUUACUGUUAGAGAACAAUGCUUACUGUGACAUUUGUAUCUACAGCAAACAGCGUAUAACAGAUACAUUCAGUAACCAUCCAAGGAAAACAUUAGACCAAGUCAAACAACUAUUAUUUGAUAGCCUUGCCGAGAAUGAGUCAUCGAAUGUAAAGGAUCAUGUCAAGAUGAAGUCAGUAGAUUAUGCUUUUGACGUUGUAGCUGGUUCUUCUCCAUUACACAUUGCAUGUUUCAUUGGUUGGAAACAUGUAGUCAGUUGUCUUUUGGACUACAAAGCUAACAUCAAUUUGACAAAAGAAGAUGGUACCACACCAUUGUUUUAUGCUAGUGACCUAGGCCAUGAGGAUAUUGUACGUUUAUUGUUAGAAAAAGGAGCAGACACAGACACGUGUAGACAAGACGGAAAAUCUCCUUUAAACAUUGCAACAGAUAAUGGACAUCAAUCUGUGAUAAUGAUGAUAAAGAAACACAAAAAGGAUUAG